AUGGCCAUAACAACGAUCCAGAUGCGUGAAGGCAAAGAGCUCGUCGGCGAGAACGGCCAACGAUACCUCCUCGUUCAGGCCAUGGGCCAGCCAAACGUUUGGAUUGCCGUCGACGCUGCCACACAAGAGAAGCUUUAUAUAGUCAAGCAGCCCAGCGACGACGACGAUAUGCCAGGAUGGCCACGCUUCCAACACGAGAUGGUCAUGCACGAGCUGUUCAAGGAACACGAUGCCAUACGUCCACAACUCGACCGUAUCCCACCGACCUCGCACGCCGAUCCACCGAAAUUAGUGCUUGAGCUCUUGCAGACGACAUUGUGGGAUGCGCGGCGGAAGCGCGAAUUUAGCGAUGCAGAGCUCAAGCAGGUUAUGCGGCAGAUUCUCCUGGGUCUGCAGGAAGUCCAUCAACGGGGCCUUGUCUACGCUGAUCUCAAAAUGGAGAAUAUACUCCUCAGCAACUUUGUCCCAUCCGCCUCGUCCUCUACUCCAUCCUCCACUAGCCCGAACCCUUCCAAGCCAGAUAUCACCGCCAAACUCGGCGACCUAGGCAUCGUAAUGUCUCCCAUGCGCGGCACCGUACAACCCCUCGCCUACCGCGCCCCAGAAGUCUACUUUCGCCAGGAAAUCACACCAGCAGCGGACAUCUGGUCCUGGGGUCUCAUCUACUGCCAGCUCCUCGAAGCGCAAGCAUCUUUCCAGAACUCGGGACUCUAUGACGAGUUACUCCAAGGUAAUGGCACGGGUUUUGUGCAAAAGGAACUCAGCGUCAGGAGGGCUAUUGCCAAAGACUUUGAUCUCGGAGGCGUGCGGUAUUAUGACGGUUGCGGGCUCGAGGGGAUGGGAAGAGAGGGCGGUCAGUGGGAGGCGUUGAGACGGAAAGGGGUUGGGGAGCGAGCUAUCGGAUUUCUAAAGUGGAUUCUUAAUCCUGUGCCUGGGGAGCGGCCAACGGCAGAGCAGAUUCUCAACUCUGAAUGGCUGGCUUCUACAUUUCGUGAAGAUGCUACUCCCGCCUCCACCUCCUCUUCCACCAUUACACCCUCCACCACUACUCCAGCCCACCCUCCCGCGCAAAAACCACGCAAAAAUAGUGAACCAAGCCUCGUCACCAAACUCUACAACCAAAUCACCAAUACCAAGCGCGACCGCUCCCCCGACUCAGAAUCCUCGUCGCAAACAAGGGAGGAGCAGAGAAACGUCCGUCCCACGCCUUUAACAGACUUUGGGGCUCGCGAAGCGGAUGCUGCUGUGAAUGUGAGGGAGCAAAAGGGGGUCACGGACAGGCCAGGGACGGCUAGGAGUAGCUCUGUGGAUGUGGGGACGGGGACGUUUUUGAAUUAUGGAGGGUUGAUGGGGUGA